CGGGUCCUACUUCCUUUCCUUUCUCUCUCUCUUUGAGCCCUUCUCACUUCUUACCCUUUGCGUCUUCUUAUUAAGGAUUCCCUUGCUUCCCUCCCUCGUCGCUCUCUCUCUCUCUCUCUCUCUCUCUCUCUCUCUCUCUCUCUCUCUUCUCGUACGCUCAUGAACCCACUUCCACCUCUUCCAAUGGCGGCAGAAGGGAAGACUGAAGCCAAAGCUGAAUCGCAACAGGAAGCUAAUAAAGAAGUAGCAGUGGAGGAAAACCCAGAAUCGCCUCUCAAGUACAAGACAUUGGUCUUGAAAGUCUCCGUUCAUUGUGAAGGCUGCAAAAGGAAAGUUAAAAAGAUCCUAACAAAUACUGACGGUGUUUACACCGCAGAAAUUGAUUUAAGACAACAAAAGGUCACAGUGCUGGGAAAUGUAGAUGCAGAUACUUUGAUCAAGAAACUGGUGAAGGCAGGGAAGCAUGCAGAGCUAUGGCCUGAAAAAGCUGACCAAAAGGAGAAAAAGAAAGGAAAAUCAAAGAAUAAGGAGAAAGAAAAAGAGAAAGAAAAACAAAGCGACCCAGAAAAUGGUGAUGAAGAUGGUGAAAAAGAGAAAGAAACUGUGAAAACUGAAGAAAUUCAAAUUCAAGACCCUUCUAAACCCACUGAAAAUGGAAGUAGUACUCAUAAACCAGAGAUGACUAAUAACGUUGGCAAACCUAGCGAAGGCGGCACAACCAGUAAACCUGCCGCCGGUGGCCAAAUGAAGGAGGUGACGAUUGACGAAAAACCACCUGUGACCACACCAGCUGGUAGCCAGUCACCGCCACCGGUGACUGACAAGAAAGGCAGCAGUGAAAAUGAAGGUGGUGGUGCUGAGAAAGGUGGAAGUGGAGGCAAAAAGAAGAAAAAGAAUGGGCAAAAAGGGAAUACUACCAACGUAGAUGAGGGUGAACAUUCUAGUGAUGCACCCGCAGGCACUGGAUCACCAAGUCAAGGUAAUGGUCAAGGCCCCAUUCACUAUCCCAUCAAUCAAAGCCCUCCACAUCACCACGUGUCUCACUACCCACCACAUUACUAUGCACCUCCACCAGUGUACGCCGCGCACUACAAUACAGCGCAUCCCAGUACUAGCUACGGUGCAUCAAUCUAUCCCCCAUCGUACUCAUACGUGUACAUGCAUCCGGGGACGGCAAGCGAACCUCCAACGUCUGAUUUGGACUCAGAUCUAUCACAGCCGUCGGAUUCAUUUGAGAUUUUCAGCGAUGAAAAUCCAAAUGCAUGCUCAAUCAUGUGAAAAAUUUGGAAACACAUGGAGCUCAUACUUGUUGUAUGAGCCUAGGGUGGUAAAUUUUGUAAAAUAUUAGAUAUGUGAUAGUUAAAUUUAUAAUAGGCAGAGGAGAAUAAGAGGGGAAGUGAGGGUUUUGAGUGGCAGGUGAUUUAGCUUUAGUUUGGUGUCUUUUUACUUCUUUUAAGGUUGGUGUUCAGAAGUUUAUAUUAGUAGGGUCUCCUCUUGUCUCUUCUUGUUAUUUACUCCUUAUGUGUAAAGUAGAUUUGGGAUGUUGCUUAUUAGAUGGUGAUUAAUGAUAUAUUGGCUUACUUUA